AUGUCCGAUCAACGACAAAUACCCAAGAAUCGCCUUAAAACGCGCAGUAAGUGGUCGACUCUAUCAAAAGCCGGGUUCUUGUAUCUCACAAGGAUCAAAUGCGACGAAACUCACCCAAACUGCAACCAGUGUACGAGGAGAGGCUUCGCGUGCCCCGGCUACAGGCGCCCUUUGAAAUGGUCUUCAAAAUAUGAGUUUCGAGGCGAUGAACCACGGACAAGGAACCGAUCGAGCUCAUCCAGGGAGUUAUUGGCAUAUACUACACCUUGCACUGCUAUUGAUGACCCCUCCUCUCGAGGCUUUCCAACGCCUAUCGGUUCUUCAUCGUCGUUGGAUCCCAGUAUCCUGUUUGGCACUGGAUCCGCGAAUGUCUUUUCGACGCAUGGAGUGUACCAGAAUCCCAAUCUGGAUCUCUCGAGUGCUCUUCCCGAUAUUCAACUACCAGGCGACUCGCCGAACAGCAUUGACUGGACAGGAUGGGUGAACCAUUCAGCUCCUUUGCACAUACCCAUGGCGCUGGAGGACGAGGACACAGGCAUAUCUCGGCAUUACUUCGUCCAAGUCUGUCGAAUAAACUCAUGCGUCGAUUCAGAGCGCAACUUCUUCCGAGCAGAGAUUGGCAGCCUGAUGGCCUCGUCGCCCCUAGUCUACCACUGCGUUCUAUCAAUGUCUGCUGCGCACCUAACUGGCCUAAAGAGUACUAUGGCCACCUCCGCCUUGGACCAUCGGGCUAAAGCACAGUCAUUGUUACGAUCGACCAUUCCGAAACUAAGGAAUAGCACGGGGGCAGAUCGGUCGGGUUCAUCUGGGCCCACAGAGGCGCUGCUGGGGAGCAUCCUUCUAGGCAUGACCGAGAGCUGGCACAACCCAUCGUAUCUUGGAACAACGCACAUCCACGGAGCACGGGCUCUCUUCAAACAGUGGAUUACGACAGCUAGUCAUGGGCAAUCGGAUGGGCUGCGAGAUACAAUGACCGGCAUAAUGACAUACUGGGAAGCUAUGUCCUCGUUUGUUGUCAAUCAGUCCUUGGAUGAGAUGAGCUACCUAGACUUUCUUUGCCACCAGAAGCCGUCCGACAGAAUUCGCCCCAACCCGUGGACUGGCAUCAGCACGCCAUUGUUUGUGUAUCUCGCAAGGGUUGGCACGCUCGCAAGACAACGUUUGUUGCUGAGCCAGCUGUCAAAGGUAACAUCUCGAGAAGAUGCAACGGGACAGCUACAGGCAGGCCUUCUCCGCUCCGCACGAGAGACUGAAUCAGCACUCGUUCUAUAUCAGGUCCCCCCUGAGGACUUGAUAGAUGACCCUGCCGAUCCAGUGACGACGGUAACGCAUCUACGGCGCAUUGCUCAGAUCUACCGACUCAGCGCCUUAGUAGAGCUCUAUAGGAAUUUCCCAGAUCUCUUAACUCCUUCCCCCACACAUGGGCUGGCGCCAGCAGCGCAAGUCUUAGCAAUGGCCGUGUCAAUCCUGAACAUUAUUGCUGCCGUCCCCCAGAGUUCCGGCGUGAACUGCCUUCUGACCAUACCGCUUAUUAUAGCCGGGAGCACCUUGCAAUCUAUCCGCCCUUUGGGCGGUUUAUUUCAGGGCAAUAAGGAUCAGUCAGCAUGGGAGACAUUGUCAGCUGAAUUGCUACUGUCUUCAAGCCAGGAGGACGUGCAGGAACAUUGGCGUAGCUUUGUUCGCUCCAGACUCCAGGAGGUUCGGCGAUAUGUUGGUCUACCGGCGAUUUCACGGGCAUCCGAGAUUCUAGAGAAGGUCUGGGCGAGGAGUGAUGUCCAGGCGGCAGUGGGGAGUUCAAAGACCUACGAGUUUGUCCAGUGGGUUGAGGUCAUGGUGGAAGAGAGGUUAGAGACUAUCCUUGGCUAA